UGCAUCUCAGUGACGUUGAUCUCCUGCAGCCGCUACAUACUGUGCAUUAAAGUGAUAGCUGUACAUUAUUCCAAGCAGGGGCAGACUGACAACUCAUGGGGCCCCCAGGCAAUAGGGGAUCAUGGGGCCCCUGUGUCCUUGCCCAAACUCAAAAAAGCCUAUGAAAAAGGUACCAGGGGCAUCUCAUGGGGCCCCCUACUGACCCCGAGCCCUCGGGCAGUGCCCGAGUUUCCAAAUGGUCAGUCUGCCCCUGGUUCCUAUUAUCUA